AUGAUGAAUGAAAGUAAUCCUGAAGAAACAUUUGAUACAUUAGAAAUAUCUUUAUCACGUCCAAUUCGUUUUUGGUUAUUACUUUUAACUGAUUGCCCAUCAAUUAUCUGUAGUUUUAUUCUGUUAAUUCAUUUCUUUCGUAAUCGAAUAGCUCGACAAGCAUUAAAUAAUCAUGUAGUUAUUUUGUUAAUUCUCUUUGGUCUGGGAACUCAAUUAAUAGAUGUUCCUCUCUAUUUGACAUUUAUCAUCAAUUCUGGUAUUGUAAAACCUUCAAUACCAGCAAUAUGUCUUAUUUGGUGGUUUAUUGCAUUUGGAUUAUAUAAUGGCGAACAAAUUUUAAUGGCAUGGGCAUCAAUUGAACGACAUAUUUUAAUUUUCAAUGAUCGUUCAUUAACAACAAAACGGGGUCGAUUUUUCGCUCAUUAUUUACCAUUAAUUCUUAUUCUAUCGUACAUAUUUAUAUUUUAUGUCUAUGCUCUUUUCAUAUUUCCAUGUGAGAAUACAUAUUCAUAUGAUUUACCAGUAUGUAAUGCAUAUCCAUGUUAUCAAGAUGAUCCAAUAUUGGGUCGAUGGGAUUUUAUUGGAAAUAAUGUUUUACCUGCAUUUCUUGUAGCUUUUUUCAGUAUAACACUUUUAAUUCGUGUUAUUCGUCAAAAACAACGUUUAAAUCAAGCAAUUCAAUGGAGAAAACAUCGUAAGAUGACAAUACAAUUAUUAUCUAUUUCAACGCUUAAUGUUAUUUUUGUUCUACCACUUAAUCUUCUUGCAGUGGCACAUUUAUGUGGUUUACCGGAAGAAUAUGGUGCACAUGUACAACAAUAUUUAUAUUUUGCUGGAUAUUUAUUUAUCUUCCUUAUACCAUUUGUAUGUUUAGCAUCAAUAUCGGAAUUAUGUGCAGAAAUUAAAAGAAAAUUCUCUCGUCAACGACAAAGAAUUCGUGAUGGUGUAACAGAUUUUCAUAGAGGACAGACAAUUCGACGCGUAUAA